GAUCCUGCAGGUAUAUUCGAGCUCAUCGAGGUGGUGGGCAAUGGGACAUAUGGGCAGGUUUAUAAGCUGGUUCCCACCUCCUACUUGCCCAUUUUAAACCCUGUUACAUUGGUGCCGAAUCCCGGGCAGGAGGAGGGAUGCGCUGUUGUGGAGUCCUCGCCACUGCUGUCUGCCCAAAGGAGCAGCCAUGGCCAUCUGCCGGGGGACGGAGGAGUCGCUGCCGACAACCUGGACGCGAAGGAAUGGCCGCCAUCCGCAAGGAGAGGAGGGGCUCGCUGCCGGCCGCCUGGAGCGGUGGAGCUGCUGCCAGGGGCGGAGGGGCUCGCUUCUGGCCACGAGAACACGGAGCGGCUGUCGUCUGGCAGAAGGUGGAGGAGUGGUCGAGGACCAGGCGACGGCGUGGCUGGGAGCUGGCGAGCAAUUUUUUUUUCUCUCUCCUCUCUCUCUCACUGUCGCUCCACCUUUCCCUCUCCUCUUUUCCCUCCCCUUGUCUCCCUCCCAGGUCUCGUGAGAGGCAGGGAAAGGAGGGGGGGAUGUACGACAUACCGGGGGUUCCCCGGCCUGAGGCAAAGGAGUGUGACAAGGAGGAGGGCGGCCCCCAAUCGAGGAGAGGGAUAAAGCCAAGCCGGAUGUGGCAGUUCGGGAGAGAGUGAGCCACACGCAGCUGCCGGUCGGCAUGUGAAAACAGGACAGCUGGCAGCUAUCAAGGUCAUGGAUGUGACUGAGGAGGAGGAAGAUGAAAUCAAACUGGAGAUAAACAUGUUGAAAACUCAUUCUCAUCACAGGAACAUCGCCACAUAUUACGGUGCUUUUGUAAAGAAAAGUCCUGCAGGUCAGGACGACCAGCUUUGGCUGGUGAUGGAGUACUGUGGUGCAGGAUCAGUCACAGACCUGCUGAAGAAGACUAAAGGCAACUGCCUGAAAGAGGACUGGAUCGCUUACAUCUGCAGGGAAGUACUCAGAGGUCUGUUACACCUGCACUCACACCACGUCAUUCAUCGAGACAUUAAAGGACAAAAUGUGCUGCUGACAGAGAAUGCUGAGAUUAAACUUGUGGAUUUUGGUGUGAGUGCUCAGUUAGACAGGACCAUUGGAAGAAGAAACACUUUUAUUGGGACACCGUACUGGAUGGCACCUGAGGUGAUUGCGUGUGAUGAGAACCCCGACUCUACGUAUGACUACAGGAGUGACGUUUGGUCUCUGGGGAUCACAGCUUUGGAGAUGGCAGAGGGAACUCCACCAUUGUGUGACAUGCAUCCGAUGAGAGCGCUGUUUCUCAUUCCACGUAACCCUGCUCCCAAACUAAAAUCCAAGAAAUGGUCUAAAAAGUUCCUGACAUUUGUGGACAGUUGUCUGGUGAAGAACUACCUGCACAGGCCGUCCACAGAGAUGCUGCUACGACACUCGUUCAUUAAAGACCUACCUAAUGAACGACAAGUACGCAUCACACUCAAAGACCAUCUUGACAGAACCAGGAAGAGGAGACGAGAGAAAGAGGGAACUGAAUAUGAAUACAGUGGAAGUGAAGAUGAAGAAGAUGGUAUGAAUGAGGAUGAAGGUGAACCCAGCUCUAUAGUGAAUCUUCCUGGUGAGUCCACGCUAAGACGAGAGUUCCUGCGUUUACAACAGGAGACACACUCACAAACGCAACAACAACAACACAAUCAAGACAACUACAAGAGACAACUGUUCGCUGACCGACAGAAGAGGAUCGAACAACAGCUGGAGGAGAGGCGACGCUUUGAAGACCAACAGGAAAGGCUGUUACACAAGACUGGACUGCAGUGGCCGGAGCUUCAUGAGAUGAUGUGGCAAGAAGAAACUGACAUCACUGAGAAAAGCAAAAGAAAUCACAAGAAACAGCCCAAAGACAAUGAACAUCGCAGGACUGAUAUUGAAUCAGGGCCUGUUAGUCUUUUAACUGACCAGGGCAGAAAACCCCACCGCACACUUCCCCGAGAUCAGACCCAGCUUCUGUUACUCCAGCACGAUCACAGACACCAGCAGAAGAACUGCCCCACCAUACCACAUGACGGGACGGCAGGAAUGAGGGAAUUUCUGGACAACCAUCAUGUGAAUAUGAAUCAUAUGGCUCAUGUUCAGUCCAGACUGGGAUCAGGAAGCAACUCCAGUCCCUGCACUCCAGCACUCCAGAGAGCUGCCAAACACCCGAACAUGAAUGUGUGCUCCAGUCGAGAGAUUCAUCACAGCAGCUCCAUGUCUGAUGUCACAUCUCCUCUCUCUCCAACACUGGAUGAUGUGUUCUUUAACCCUGAUGAUCAACCACCCAAGAUUCCAGAAAGAACAACUUCAAAGUUCAAAGAACCCUUGACCCAUCGCAGAUUUGGAUCCAAUGGAGGUCAUCAGUCUCCUCUGGACAACAGUAUCAAUAUGUUUUACUCCAGCAGCUCAACCAGCAGCAGUCAGUCAGGUUACCAUGAGGUGGACAGUCCACCUCAACGGAAUAGAAACUCUGAAAGUCCAACAUCACCACAAAACCAGGGUUUUGGAAUCAAGUCUCAUUUCAGUCCGUUAGUGAAGUUAGCAGAGUACUCUUCGUCCAGUGAUGAUGAUGAUGAGAAGAGCAGGUCUCCAUUGAGCAAUGGGAGACAUUUGUUGUCCAGAGGACAGUCUCAUGAUAUAGUUCUUCAGCCUCAGCACGAUCUCAAACAGCAGGAGAGUGCAGCAAAAGUAACACAUAAUGUUCAUCAGAGACCUGCAGCAUCACAAACCAGUGACGGUUAUCACCUUCCUGACCUCCUGCACAAAAGCCCCAUAUAUCAACUCACCUACCACCAACCCAACACUCAAAACUCACUGGAUAAACUGCUGAAUAAUCAGGCAGGAAAAAGCACAUCUUCCUCUUCAUCAUUUUCAUCGUUUAUCGACCCUCGAUUGCUGCAGAUCUCUCCACCUCAGAGUCCACAAGGAUACGGUCAACUGAAUGUGAGGUGUGACCCGUGCAGGAGAGAGCCACACAGGAAGGGUUCAGUUGUGAACGUUAACCCCACUAACAUCCGGCCUCAGAGUGAUGCACCAGAGAUUCGCAAAUACAAGAAAAAAUUCAAUACUGAAGUGUUGUGUGCUAGUCUGUGGGGUGUGAAUUUGUUGGUGGGCACAGAGAGUGGUCUGUGGCUGCUGGACCGCAGUGGUCAGGGUAAAGUUUACUCUCUCAUCAGCCGCAGACGCUUUCAACAGAUGGAUGUGCUGGAGGGACUCAAUGUACUCAUUACCAUAUCAGGUAAGAAAAACAAGCUGAGGCUGUACUACCUGUCCUGGCUGAGGAAUAAGAUAUUGCGCAAUGAUCCAGAGGUGGAGAAGAAACAGGGCUGGACAUCAGUGGGUGAGCUGGAGGGAUGUGGCAACUACAAAGUAGUUCGCUAUGAAAAAAUAAAGUUCCUGGUCAUCGCUUUGAGGAACGCUGUGGAGAUCUAUGCCUGGGCUCCCAAACCAUAUCACAAGUUUAUGGCCUUCAAAUCAUUUAGCUCACUGCCUCAGAAACCCCUCUCUGUUGACCUGACGGUGGAGAAUGGACAGAGGUUAAAAGUCAUCUAUGGGUCUCACUCUGGUUUUCAUGCCAUUGAUGUGGAUUCAGGUUCACCCUUUGAUCUGUACCUGCCCAGUCAUAUUCAGGGUGUGAUUCGGCCUCAUGCCAUCAUCAUUCUGCCGGGCAGCAGUGGGAUGGAGCUGUUGCUGUGUUACGAGGAUGAGGGCGUCUAUACUGACACCUAUGGCCGCUUCACCAAGGAGACGGUGCUGCAGUGGGGGGAGAUGCCUGCCUCUGUCGCAUACCUUCAGUCAAAUCAAGUGAUGGGCUGGGGAGAGAAAGCCAUUGAACUGAGAUCUGCCAAGACUGGAAGUCUAGAGGGAGUCUUCAUGCACAAAAAGGCUCAAAAACUCAAGUUCCUGUGUGAGAGAAAUGAUAAAGUGUUCUUUGCCUCUGUUCAGUCUGGUGGAUGCAGUCAGAUCUACUUCAUGACAUUAGGACACAACUCACUCUUCAACUGGUGAUCUUUUGGAUUGCAGAGCUUUGCAGGGUAAAUCAGUAAACUUGGUCUGAUUCCCAAAAUAAAGAAUUUCUGCAAAUAAGAUGCAAUUUUAGUUUCAUUUUCUGUAUGUAAACAUUUUUAUAGAAAUGAUGCAUUUUAUGAUAUAAUACAUGAAAAAUAACUAAAUUAAAUAGCGCUAGUCAUACAAGUAUAAAAGAAGUGAAGUGUAUCAUGUCUGACAAUGUCAGCAUUAUUUUUGUCUUGAUUAUUUGUUUUUUGCUUUAUCUGGAAAUAACAAAUGUUGUGUUAAAUGUUUUGUAAUUUUAUUUCUUUUUAUAAACAAAUCUUGCAAAAAAGGACUUGAUAUUUUGUCCCUAAUAGUUUUUUUUUGUUUAGUUUUUUUUUUGCAUGUUAGCAACCAUGGCUGGGACAGGGUUUGAUGUGAAAUUUAUAAUAACAACUAGAAUAUAAAGAACUAACUGUUGUACCAUUGUACAAUCAAAUACUGUAGCAGUUUGUUUUUGUGGAUAUAUCAACACUUCGGAAUUAAAAUGAUACAGUAAUACAGAAGUAUAAUUGUGGACAUUCAGCUUUAAUUUUGGGGGGUUGCAAGCAAACUUAUUUAAAGGUAUUUUAAGUUUAAUAAUAACAACAAAUGACGGUUUAACUUUGCAUUUUUUUGUUAAUAGUAUCUCUUCUCAUCCUGAAAACCAAACAUAACUGGGCAUAUUAUUAAUAAAAGUUAUAAAGUUAUAUAAAAAAAUAAGAAAAGUUUUGUUUAGAACUUAGUAGAGACCAAACAUUAGAUAUUGUCUUUGGCCAUGUAUUGAGUCUGAACUUAAUUAUUUUUUAUUUGCAGCUGGUUUUGCUUUAUAUCUUGUCAGCAUGAGAAAGAAUAUUCAAACUCGGCAAAUGAAAUGUUCUUCUGUACACAUGAAUUCAUCUUUUGAUAUGAUUAUGUCAGCUCCAGUGUGGCGACAACUUCCAAAAACACUGUCUUCUAUGAAAUAUGGUCAUAGAAGGUUAAACAGUUUUUUCUUGGUUUUAGUUCACAGACAAAAUUAUGUUUGGGGAUGAUAAACACAAAUUCAUAAAUCACAAAGUCAACUCCUUUUGGAGCUGAUCAGUUAAUUUAUCGAAUUGUACAUGUAUCAAUACAGCUGACUUUGAUAGUUUUUGAAGGUGGCCAGUAAACAGUUCAGUUUGCAGCUGUGUGACUAUAUAGAUUGAAAUAUAUUGCAAUGGGUAUAAAUAAACAUUCACCUUAUUUCCUCUACCAUGAUGCCUUAGUAUACAGAAAGUUUGAAUUAUAUGCUAAUUAUAUUGUUUAUUAGGUGUUUUACCCAGUAAAUCUGUUGGUAAAUGUUAGAUAAUAACAGAGCCUGUGCUGAAACAUUUUUGUUGCAUUGAAGAAAAAAGAAAUUAAUUGUGGUUGUUUGUGGAAAAAGACAACAUAGCUGUACAUGGAUGUGUGGAUGUGAAUAUGUGUAGAGGAGUGAGUUUAGUGUAAGUGGAGACAGAAAGCACCGGACAGUAGUUCACAUAGUGUUAAAGAAAGUCAGAAAGUCAAAGGUUAACGAAGGAUGUGGCAUGAAACUAAGAAAGAUUAGCACUUGCUUAGUGCUGGGCGAUACAUUUUAUUUGGCCAUGAAGUUUAAUAGUGUGCAUCAGUAGACUAAUUUCAUGAUCCUUCAGGGCUGUAAUAACAUAAAAAUGGAGAAAUUAUCAUAUAUGCUUAUUUAACUGCCAAAGGCUACGAUUUUAUUAAAAACAGAUAAACAUGGCCUGUGUGCGCUUCAGAAUGAACUGGCGAUGCGCUGAUCUGUGUGCACGAACAGGGGCUCGUAUUUGUAGCGCAGUUCACGUGCAUUGUGAAGUACUGCAGGUUAAAGCAUUCAUGAAGUUCCAAACAUUAGUAACCUCUAUUACGUUAUUAUACAAAUCUACAAACGCGGAACAGUAAAGGAGAGUUUGACAGCGGUUCACAAGAUGCGAAACUCAAAACUGUCAAACAAACAUUGCACUUUCCGUUUCAUAAUAAAAGCUCCUGAUGAAGGUGAAAUAAACACGACUGCAUGCAGUGUCAAAAUAAAACCCCGGUUUAGGGUGAAGUAAAUAGGACAGAAAUAUAUUAAUUUAUCUUUAACAAAUCUUAUUCUGAAAAUAAUAAUAAUUCAGUAUUAUAUUAUAUUAAUAAACUUGACUGGGUUCCACAGUAAUAAUUUAGUACUAUGCUAUAUUCAUCUGGUUUCCAAAAAAUAAGUGAAGUAGUUUUGCACACCUUGUUCAUUCACAUUUUACUCUCCCUUGUGUUAAUUUAUUAUAAAACUGUGGGAAACAUGUGGGAAAUCAUUUUUAAAUAGAUUUUAUUUAUUGCCUUUGAAAUAUUAAUUCUACAUGGCAGCAAUGGCUGUUUAGAUGAAAUGAUGGUUCCUCUGAUUAAAAACAAAAAAAAAACCAACAACAAUAAAAAAAACAAAAAAAAAACACUUUUAUUCUAUUUCAGGGCAAAAACAUAAUUAUUGAGAUAUAUAUAGAAUAUCGUCAGUUUGCUGAAAAAUAUUGAGAUAUAAAUUCUGAAGCCAUAUCACACAGCCCUACACUGGCUAUUUAAUUUAUAUUUGGUAAAGCAAUAAAAGUAAUUUAAGCACAAGAAUUUGUAGACGCAGUUAUAAACUUGGCAUAAAAUACUUUGAAUCAUUCUUUAAAGAAAUGUUCCAGGUUCAAUACAAGUUCAGCUCAAUCGGCAGCAUUUGUGGCAUAAUGUUGAUUACCACAAAAAUUAAUUCUGACUCGUCCCUCCUUUUAAUUUUAUAUAUAUAUAGAUAGAUAGAUAGAUAGAUAGAUAGAUAGAUAGAUAGAUAGAUAGAUAGAUAGAUUGAGGUUACAUGAAACACUUACAAUGGAAGUGAAUGUGGCCAAUUUUUGGAGGGUUUAAAAGCAGAAAUGUGAAGCUUAUAAUUUUAUAAAAGCACUUACAUUAAUUCUGUUCAUAAAUAUUAUUUGAGCUGUAAAGUUGUUCAAAUCAUCAUUUUUACAGUCAUUUUUGGGUUAAAUGGGUUGUUGACAUUAUAUCGUCAUGGCAACAAAGUUGUAAAAUUGGCUAUAACUUUACACAGAUGAGGUUUGUAAGUGAUUUUAUCACACUAAAACCAUGUUUACACACAUGCUGUUUAGGUCUUUUGUCUAUACUUCUGAAUGGUGAGCAUUUUAACAUUUACAGAUUGACCCCCAUUCACUUCCAUUGUAAGAGCCAGGAGGGACGAGUCAAAAAUUAAUUUUUGUGGUAAUCAGAAUUAUGCCACAAAUGCUGUUGAUUGAACUUAACUUGAACUUGAACAUUCCUUAAGAAUCAUAAUGUAUCCACUUUUCAUUGAUUUUAUACAGUGACUUAUUGAUCUUAUUAAAAUCAGCGGAUAGUUUCUCUUUAUUUUCAGUGAUAGGUUUCUUUCAUUUAUGAUAUAAUCGAAAAUGUAAAUAGUAAAAUAGCACCCACAGGGGUUUUCAACAUUUCAUGAGCACUCGCUCUUAAAGUAAACAGCAAAUUAUGAUAGCAAUAGAAAUCUGUUACAAUGUACAGUACCUCUGUUAAAUUCAGAGCAGUACUGAAUGUUUAGCAUUAAAUACAAAUAGUUUUGUAGUUUUCCAUUUCAUUCUUUGCACCAUUAGGAAACCAUUAGGACUAUUUCUCCUAAAUACAGCCAAUGAGAUCUCAUAAGUUUAAACACAGGCUAGAUGCUUUAAUAAAACUUAAACAUCCUAAAGGACAACAGGAUUCAUUUGGAUGAAACUGGUAUUUCAAUUUUGAAAUAACUUGUCAGAUAGGAAGUCCUGUUGUUGUUUUUUAAGCAGUAUGUGUCUUGAGUAGAUUCUCAACUUCAUGUAAAGAUUUAUGACUUGAAAUGUACCUUGAUACCUGUCUGAACAGUUUGGGUCUUUUGAAUGUUGUAUCUGGGCUUUACUGUGGUUAAUUUGAGCACAAUGAAUCUUCUUACAGUCUUUAUUCGGUUUGAUUUUCAUGUUCUCUAUUUUAACAUUUAAAUGUCUUGAUAUAGCCAGUUGAUUCCCAAGUUUUUGUUUCACUUUUGGUCACCACUUGAAGUUUGAAAGCUUUUAAUGUCAUUUAAUUCUUUAUUCAUGUGAGCCAGCUAAUAAUGUAAAUGUAUACUAAAUUUGACCUUUUCUGUAAAGAUUUAUCUUUAUAACAUUGUAAUAUGAAUGUACAUUUCCUGUAUAAAGUUUUAUAGAGUUAUUUUACUAGUAUAAUGGACAGUUCAUAUAUGGGAAUUAUUCUAUAUACAUAUGAGUGUUAUGCUUGUAAAAAGUUCAGACUGUGCAUUUAACUCUAUGUAUAUAUUUCUUUUGCAUCGUCUGACUGGUCUCAAUAAGAAAAUAUCUCUGUAUAAAUUUACUCUUUAAGCCAAAUAAAUGUUUUAAAAGUU